UGUUAUCUUAUACCGUUUUCAGAUUUUAUUUACCAUAGAAAAUAUCUAGAUAUUCAUUUUGAAAUUGUUUUUUGGUUGAAUAAUAUUAUACACCUCGGAACGGACGAAAUGGUGCAGCGAUAGAAAGCUGAGCUGCAAUAUUUUGGAACAGUUGGGAGUUACAAAUAUGAAUACUGAUUCACCACUAAGCACGCCGACAAAAUGUGGCUGCGCCGGCGGGAUCGUAGUGUCUUGUGGAACGGAAACAGUAACACGAAAUAAGUCGAGGCUACAACAAAAAAGAUUGAAACGUUCGAGGACAUCAACGGCAGUUGUAGAGUGCCCAAUGUGUACCCAUGAGCAGUUGCAAAACCACGGGUGCCUCGAUAAGAAAUCGGAUAAAAUAGAUAUGAACUUAACGACAGAAAUUCCGCUGACAGAGACUGAUAGCUCAACGGAAAAAAGGUGGUAUGACACGAUGUUACGGGGGCUUGGGAUAUGGAGCGUAAAAAAACGAAAUCGAAGUCCCAAAUGUCGUGUUGCACGAAUAAAUUCGACGCACGCUGACACCGUUUACGAAGUUUCUAACAUAUGUACGAACAAUAACUGUAAAUCAGUUAAUCGAUGCGAAUCAAAUCAUAGUUCUCAGGGCACAGAUGAAUCGAUCACUCAGAUGCCGUCGGCGGAAGUUACCGGAACAUUGAAUCUAAAUAAAGAAGAUUCAAAAUUAAGUGACUGUAAACUCAAUACAAGCCAUACGGUGCAUAAACACCCAGACUCUAGUGUUGAAGGUAAAAUUCCCAUAGGUGGCGGCUACUCCGAAUCUGACACGCAUUUUUCGACCGGAAUUGGCGUUAAUUGCAUGUCGGAGACACCGCCUACGGAUGUGAUGCGCAGGGCAAAAUUGGUAGCAGGCGAUACUCAAUCGGAACAACGACUGCAUUCAGACAGCAGUGGUCCAGGUCAAAAAUUACCACGUCUUCCAUAUAGUGAAACAGGAAAUGACGACAAGAAAUCCACUCCCAGUACCGCCGACAAUAACAAACGCCGUCGAGGCAAAAGGAAAUACUUUUCUUCACCAAUUCAUAAAAAAGACUCAACGCGGGAAAGAAACAAGGUACAGUCAACGUAUGUUUCCUUCCAAGACGACCUGGUUGAUGAUGCCUAUAUGAACAUUGACUCUCGUCAAGACAUUAUGUCCAUCUCUGUGAGGUCUGAUUCGUUUAGCAGCGGGUCGCCUUUCCAGCAAUCACCAUCAUCAAUGAACGACGACGUUUUUGGCACAGAGUCUUACAUUGGCGCCACGCUGCCAGUAACCUACGCCAAUGAGUCAGAUCGGAUGGGCGGAACUAAAAAAGACCUGGAAGAUGUUAGAAUAGCCAACUUAUUUCAACGAGUGAAUACGGCGUUCGAUCCCGAGUCUCACAGCGCCCAUUACGAACAGUAUAACGCGGGUAAAUUCGGCCAGAAGGGUCGAAUGUAUACAUCCGAUAUCAGGCAUAGAAGAAUGGAUCACAAUUUAGGAAAUUCAAAAUGUCGAGUUCAUAACUGUACUAACAGAGCCCAUACGGAAAACCAAGUCGAGCCUAUAGAGACAAUAAUGGCAAGUGCAGAUCUACAUGCCUCGUUAGACAACGCUAUAAGCAUUCUGAAUGAGUCUACAAGGCUUCUCUUGCCAAAUGAUAACAGCGAAUGGAACCAUUAUGAUUUUAAUACGAAGAACCAGUCGACAUUUUCGAACGGAGCGGGACUGCACCAGCAGAUCCGAUCCAGAACUUACUCUACUUGUUCGCGAUUGGAAACAAUUGCAGAAGAAAAUGACAAGUCAGAAGAAACUGUUAUUGAUGGAAAUUUCAAUAACUCGGGUGACACAAUGAGCUGCACGUUCAGUGAAUCAUCAGAAUAUGACAAGUUGUACCUGCACACUUCAAGGCCAAACUCCUUCUUCAGUUCCGCGACCACAUUUACCCGUGAUUCUGAUUCAAUCACGUCGUCUCUCUACCGCCAUCAUUCAGAAGGUCCGAUCAUCGGAUUACACAAACAAAAAGGUUCGAUAAGCGCAUUCUCCAGUGGUGCAACAAGAAACAACAGCACAUCUACCAUCUCAGUUCGUAGUCUUCAAAGACGAAAGAAUGCGGGAAUGAAUAGUGGAAAUUUAUCCAGCCCAAUAUCCAAUGAUAACUGUGCAGCUUGUGAAUGGGUGAACAGAGCCCAAAUACAAUCCUCCACAACAAUUCCUACAGCGGAAUGGAAAUGGAUUACAAAAGAGAUGACCCCUUGCCUCAACAAAACGCACAUACACCCGUGGGGCAUGUGUAGUGAACAACAAAAUCAGCCAGUCCUUUGCCACAGUCACUACCUACAAUAUUACCAAUAUCUGCAAAAUGACCACUACAAGGACAAUAGAGGAAGAAGACUACACUCAGCAUCAUCACAAGCAGAUUCUGUUAUCGAUUACGAUAUCCAUGAAGUGAUGAGCAGUAUGGAUGAAUUGGCUUUAUCAAGUGCUGAAAGUGGUGUUACAAAUAUUAAACGUUCCAUUGUCAAAAACGAACAAUUAUUUUCGGACGGGAAUAAUCAAGUCACCAUGUCCCAAUCUAACAUGCGGGCACAAUGCUUGGACAUAAGGUUGCAUAGAAAGCAGUCCUACCAUAAACACUCAGACACUGACGUUUCAGUAAACAGCGACUCUGCAUUUUCUACUAAUGGAUCUCUUACUCCCUCUACAAGAGACGGUGUAAAUACAGACAGAGACUCGGUAGAUUCUAUUGCAGAGACCAAUGAUUUGAAUGAUCAUGAUGAUGCAACACUUAAUGAAGCAGGUGGCGCAUCACAUAUUGGAAGCUCAGUUAUUAACCACAAUCCAUGGGAACAAGCGGAAUACAGCAACAAUUCAAACGCCGAGUGUCAUCCAGUUUUACGCACAAUUCAAGCAUCUGUCGACUACUUGCCGAGGGGCAAAAGAACACAAUCAUAUGAUGAUGCAAGAUCAGGCAAUGACUUUACUAAAGACCCUUUGUCAAGCUGUGAAAAGAGAUACUCUGUUGUGAGCUCUCUCGGUUCCUACCCUGUUGCACUAAUCUCUGACCCGCUCGGAGAUUCAGCUGUUCACCUGCAAGACAGUUCUUCAUCACACUCAACUCAUUUGUCAUCCGACAGUUUCUAUAGUUCUGGAACGUCAUUUGGUGACAAAGAAACAUGUUUGAUAGAUGGGGCAUUGGCAACAGAUGUGCUCAGUCGAAGUUCCUCUGAAACGAGUUUGAAGUCUGAAGGUACAUUAUGUUUGAGUGAGUAUGCUAGAUCGCAACAAAAUGUCUCUCUGUUUUCCAUUCCAAGCUUCCCUCAGAUAAGUGAGUUGUGCUCUCCAACUCAUUAUCAAAACACCACCAAGAAGACCCUCCAUGAAUCCUUAAUUACAGAAUCAAACAACUUUGACGAGUUUCAAGAAUGGGUGGAAAAAGCAGAAAUCACAGAAAGUGUGCUCGAGUCAUUCUUAAAUUCCAGCCUUGCUCACAUGAAAAUAAUGGAAUCUAUGGAAUUAUCUAAUACGCAGUCUGAAAAAUUAAAUGCUCCAGUCCAAAAUACAGACACACUGACAAGUUCAUCUGGAUCUUCUGACACGAAUACACUUGGUAGUGGUUCGAGUGGAAGUACAUAUGCAACCUCAUCUUUACGAUCAUAUAGAAGCAGAUUCAACACUUUUGACUCUAGUUCCUGUGUCAGCACAGACGACACGGGUGACACAGUGAUUGAUCAAUAUAUGCUGAGACCCAAUUAUCGACUUGAUGACAUUGAUGAAUCUCCAGCUGGUCAGAAUUAUAUUUCUCAAAGCAAAAAAACUGCAGAUGCCAACAAAAUAAGAUACCAGUCUUCUGCAUUCCAUUAUCAAAACUUAGAGUUGCCAUCACCCCAGUAUUGCGAAGAACAGCAAACACUACAUCAUGGGACAAGUACAGAUAAGUUGUCAAGCAAAAUUGAUUUGGAGAAUGGAGCAAUCCACAUUGCUGUGACAAAAGAUGUCACCAAAAACACCCAAAUCAUUGUUACCAGUCCAAGAACGAGGUCUUCUAGCAUGUCUUGUAUCAUGACUUCAGUAACAAAAACAUCAUGCAUUGUUCGUCAAACAAAAAGCCUUCCAAGAAUAUCAUUGAAUCACUAUCAGGAUGAAGUAAAAGGAAAGGGUUGCUCAAUCUCCUUCUCUCCGUCAAAAAUGAAUGCCAACACAUUUCAAUCACCUUUGACACCAGUUUAUGGGCCAGUGCUUCAAACUAAGGUCCAAUCAAUGAUGGAAAAUUGUGCAAACAUUGACAGUGUAAUAACAUCAUUACGUGAGUCUCUAAAGACUGCAACAAACUCAGAUACUGGGGAUUUUGUGGAUAAAAAACUUAUUGAGUUGAGUGAUAUUCUGAAGCAAAAGGAUGAAAUGAUUAACCAACUUCAUAGAAUGCUACUGGCGUGCUCAGUUCCUGAUAAAUCUAUAGGACACCAUAAGUAUCAAAUAAAUGCAACACUUUAAAAUCACAGCAAUUCUCUAACUACAAUACCUAUAAGUAAAGGUGUACGAAAUGUGCCAACACAAGUUUCACAAUUAAUAUUCUUUAUAUGUCUUCUAUAAAACCUUCCGCAGCAGGAAUAUGAUGCAAAUUGAUUGAGUAUUCCUAUUAGUUUUCCUCCAUAAUUUAAACUUGAGAUCGCGAGCUUAGAGUUAGCAUCAAUUAUUAAAUCAAGGUCAACAUAAACUGCCUCAGGUUUAUUUAAAUUGUGAAUAUUAUACAACUCCUACCUCAACUUAUUUUACAGAGUAUUCCACAAAAUUCUUUGCCAGCUGAUACCUCCAACAUUCAUCAUCGAGGUGAAUUAAAUAAUAGUUAUAUCAAGGUGGUACGCUUCGUGUCAUUUGGCGUGCAAGCAACACAACUUCUAAGUGUUCAAGACCAUAUUUCUUUAGUGUUUGUGUUUUUGGUCAUGUUACUUGUAGACAUAAAAUACUCAUACAUAUGUUGACCAAACAAGAGGUUUUCAUUGGGAGCCUGCUCCAUUAAUAAAAUCUGAGUUACAAUCAUAAUGCAAGUGCUGUUUUUUUUACUUUUGCACUAAUCUCAAUAUCAGUAAAAAGCACUGGAGAUCUGGCAUCCCUUUAUGCUUACCAAAGUUAAUUAUUCAUUGUGAUGGCUAAUACUACAAAAUGCAGUGAACCAUAUUGCACAAAAGUGUAAUAUUACUGACGCAAGAAUUAAAUUAUUUCAAUAAAUAUUUUCAAACAUAAUGCAUGAAUCUUUUUUUACCGUUUUUCUUCUGGUUAUUAUUAUGCUAUUAUGUGCCACUGUUGUGUUUUUAAUUUAAGGUUAUUGCUAUUCUUUUGAAUUACAAACAUGCCAUUUGAAUUAUGUUCCUUCAAUAAAAGUAUUAUAUAAACAUAGAA